AUGUCUGAAGGGAUCAGUUCUCUUCAACGUUCGAUCUUGGAUAAGUAUAGAACGUUAGCAGACUGUUUGCACGAACUCGAUGAUACCAUUUUACAACUUAACAAGGACAAAGACACGAAUCCGGAGCAAGUUCUCUCCCUCCUUCGAGAAAUAGAAAUUAAGAUCGCCUUAGUGAGCACCUUAAUGAAGGGAAGCGUCUAUUCACUAGUGCUCCAGCGAAGUAUGAAUCAGCUAGAAUAG